CCAACACAUUCCCACAAUGCUUCACGGCAGCCGCUAUGGAGGCUGGAAGUACAGCUGUCCUCCGGGUGAAGCGGAAGCUCGGCGCAGAGCCCGCCGAGGCUUUGGUCCUCGCUUGUAAACGCCUCCGCUCCAGCGCAGUGGAAUUGGAAACUCCAAAGACGUCUCCAGAGGAUCUGGAGAGAGCAGCAGAAAAUAAUAUCUUCCAGUUGGUGGCCACCGUGCGCUCACAGGAGGAGCCAGUCCAGCCGCUCCUGCGGGCCGCCCUGCGCCCGUCCCAGGGCAGCCAGCAACGUAUCCGCCAUCAUCUCCGCGCCUCUGCUCGGGAGAUCCGACAGGAAGGCCGCUACAGAGUAGUCUCUAGCCACCGAUCCUCGGAAAUUCCCUCGGACAGCUUAGAGUCCGAGGAUGCGUCAGGAACCCCAAAAGCCGCCGACGACGCGAGCUUUCAGCUAUUAGACCUGGUCCACGAAGAAGAUGCAGAGGUCGCCGCCGCCGCCGCGAUCUCCUGCAAAAAAUCUGACCCAGAUGUGAUCCUCUGCAACUGUGUAGAGUUGAUCCGUGAGGGGUUGAAUGUCUCUCAAUAUGGACCAAGUUCUGGGCAUCAGAAGGAACAAAAGGACGACUUUGUGUAUGACAUUUACUAUUUGGAAAGGGCGACUCCAAGAUGGAUUGAGAACAUCCUCUCUGUGCAGCCCUACAGCCACGAGUGGGAGUUGGUGAAUGACGACCAACAACCAGAGGACAUUUAUGAUGAUGAAGAUGACGAAAACAGUGAGAAUAACUGGCGCAAUGAGUACCCAGAGGAGGAGAACAGUGACGAAGAUUCCAGAGGCUCUGACAAUUACAGCAGCGUCAGCGAAGAAGACAGAGACAACAGCAGACCACCAAUGUGGAGCAAAUACCCUUUGGAUGUGCAGAAGGAGUUUGACUAUGACAGCCCCCAUGACCUCGAUUCAGACUGAUGAUCCUGUGAUAACCACGAGGUUCUACAAGCCCCUGGGGGAUCUGUGACUACAGGGUCCACCACAAUAGUUAGCAUCCUCCUAGUCUAAUAUAGGGAAAGAAAAAGCAUAUCCACCAGCACCAUUCCACCACAGGGAAAACAUGCACUAAGGGAAUGUCCUUUCUACUAUCUGUAGGGCCUGUUUAUCUUGAUCAAAAAUCAACCCUAAAAAAAAAAAAAAUUAAAAAAAAUCAAC